GGCUUUUAUUUCCCUUUCAGGCAGACGGAAUGGCAGACGAGGGUCCAGUCCAGAACCUCUGCGAGGAAACGACAUGCUCCAUCUGCCUGGAGUAUUUCACAGAUCCAGUGACCAUAGACUGCGGCCACAAUUUCUGCCAAACCUGCAUCACCCGGGCCUUGGGGGGACCCGACAGAGAGGCUUCUUGCCCUCAGUGCAGGGAUCGUUGUCAGCAAAGGAAUUUCAGGCCCAACCGGCAACUGGCAAGCAUUGUGGAAAUAGCCAGGAAAUUCAGCCUUCAGAUGGCCAAAGGGGCGGAAGCGCUGGGAAGGGUUUGCGAGAGGCACAAGGAGCCCCUGAAGCUCUUUUGCAAAGAUGACCAAGCCCCCAUCUGUGUGGUGUGCGACAAAUCCAAGGAUCACAGGGAGCACAAAGUGAUCCCAAAGGAGGAAGCUUUUGAAAAGUAUGAGGGUAAAAUCCUGCAUCAUUUGGAGUUCCUGAACAAACAAAGAGAAGAAAUUCUGUCUUCUAAACUGAAGGGGGAGACUGAAAGCCAGAAUCUGCUGAAGCAGACAGACAUGGAGAGGCAGAAAAUCGUGGCUGAUUUCAAGGAAUUGCACCAGUUUCUGGAAGAACAGGAGCGCCUCCUGCUGACUCAAUUAAAGGAACUGGACUAUGGGAUUAAAAACUCUAGGAAUCAAUAUAUUGCCAAACUCUGUGAGGAAAUGGCCUCCCUUGACAACCUAAUCAGGCAGCUGGAGGAGAAACAGAAGCAGCCAGUGAAUGAAUUCUUGCAGAAUAUGAGAAGCAUCCUGGAAAGGUGUAAUGAAAAUGAAAAUAAAACCAUGGAUGCAAUAGCUUUUCCUCCAGGAUUAAAAGAGCAAAUAGAUAAAUUCUCUAAAAUGCAUCCUUUUUUGGAGAAGGAGACCAAGAAAUUUAAAGACGUUGUGCUCUCUGGGCCUCAAGAAAAGAAAGACACGGCUGUACCCCGCCACAAUAACCAAGCAGCACAAGGUUUCUGGAUCCCCAAGCUGCCUUCCCUGGAUGUUAUGCUCUCUGGACUUCAAGGAAAGAAAGGUACAUUUCCAGGUGCUGUGCUCUCUGGACCUCAAAAAAAGGAAGACAGGACUGUACCCCAACUCAGUCGCCAAGCAGCACAAAAUUCCAGAGCUCCCAAGCGGCUUUCCCAGAUGUUUUGUUCUCCUGACCUCAAGAGAAGAAAGACAAAUUCUGCCAAAAAUCAGUAGAACUGGUGAAGAUAUUUGUCUUUCUGGGCUUCUCCAAGGAUGUGAUUCAAGCAUACUCUACAUUUGUUAAAGCAAAAGCCCUCAACCAUCCAGACUUUGCAGAGGCAUUCCUCACUAAAAUCGGUUGACACCCUGGAACUGAAUUCUUUGGAUCACU